UGACGUCAGAAUGUCUAUUGUUGACAUGCUAUCCAAACGCUUUCAAAGCUCUCUUAGAAAAAUGCGAAAUUUGCAGGAAUUCGACGAAGGAAAUUGCCAGAAUACGGCAGACUCCAUAGACGCACAAUGCAUCCCAGAGAUUGAUGCUGAUGUUCUGGAGGUCAUGACCUUUCCAACUGAUCUUGACCUACUUUCUAUCUCACACGACCCUGAGCGUGACCUUGAUGAGGUCAGCCAAUCGGAAGAUUGUGCUGGAAAUCUCUCUGGUUCAAGUUCUGGCUCAGGUGUCCUGUGUGCAGAGAAAGCUGUGUCGGUCUCGGUUGAUCUGCUCGAGGAAGACCUCGUGCUCUCCGACUCGGACAGCGAUUCCGAUGAUGACGUCCCUGAUGAUGUCAGAAGCUGGACGCACGAGUCGGUUGCUGCCUCGUUCCUGGCAGCUACAUCCGGUUACAGCUCUGAUUCAGAGAGUGACUCAGAGGACACGGUUGUGGCAAGACGCAAGUCGGCUCCAUUGCGACGCCAAUCAGAAAGUCAGGAAAUCGUGUCCGAUGAUGAACUCUCUGAUAACGAAGGUUGUGAUGUAACGAUCAAACGCCGCCGAUACAACCGCCUGGAAAAGGAACGUACGGACUUCACACAGUCCAGCAAUAAGGGAUCGUCAAGUCCCGAGUCCGGUUCUUCUCAGGAGAAAACCAGCUCGAGUGAGAGCGAGUCAAGUGACUCGUCUAGCUCUGAUUCGGACAUUGACGAAUCAACAUCCGGGUCAUCUAGCGAAUCGGACUCGGACAGUGACGAUUCGACAUCCGGGUCAUCUAGCGAAUCGGACUCGGACAGUGACGAAUCGUCAUCCGGGUCAUCUAGCGACUCGGAUUCUAGAAGCUGCAGUUCUAGCUCAGCGUCUAACAGCUCUUCAGACGACAGUGAUUCUGGCACAGACGGCGAUGAUGCGCGGGAAAUCGACCUCAAGUUCGAUAAAAAUCCUUGCCCUGCGACUUGCGUGUGUCGGUCUGGCAGUAAUAUGCUUCAGAUUCCGCCCGCACGCAGACGCCGAACGGAACAGUCGCUGUACAACGAGGUUCUAAAUCGACAGCUGCUGAAGUCAUAUAAUGCAGCUCGAGAAAUCGACCUCCGGUUUGAAGAAAACCCUUGCCCGAAGACCUGCGUAUGUCGGUCUAGCAGAAACAUGCUACAGGUUAGACGAGCACACAGGCGCGAAACGGAGCCCCCGCUGUACCGGGUGGUUCUGUCUCGAAGGCUGCUUAGGCCCUCCAACCGGAUUGUUCACGACUGCUGCAAGUACCGGUGUAGCAGGAGUUGUUUCCCGGGGUUCUCUACAGGACCCGCCAUUACUUCGAAAGAAGUAUCUUGAAAUUGUCAAACUGCGCCACGGUCGGUGCGCUCUAUGUGACUAUGUAUUGGAGGUCCAUUGUGAGUAUGCCAGCUGUGUAUGAGAACAAAUAGUUCAAAGUAUUGUACAUAACGUUAUUAAACAAUAUUUAUGUAAGAUGUCUUUAUAAUUGUUUUGUUAUUCAUUACGGAUUUAAACAAAUAUAUAUGCAUGAGAUCUAUCAAUUAACAUUGGUAGGUCCUUGUUUAGGCGUAUACAAGACGAAUUCUAUUAGAUACACUGAAUAAAAUUAGCACCAUGUUAUUUAUUUUAAAAUGAGCCAAUACAGAAAUUCAUUUAUUACUGUAUUACAGUAUAUUUUUGUCAAGAUAUUUCACUCUCCGAUGUUUAUAAAACAAUUUGUUUACAAUUUAUGUAGACUGACUUAUUUAUUUAUUUAUUUAUAAAUAUUGUUACAUCGUUUAAAACAGUACGUGAAUAAUGAAAUACCGCAAAAAAAGACAACAAGUUAAUCCACUAGGCAAACUGUAUACAUUGAAACACACUAUUGUCAGGUACAUUAUAUGUAUUUGUACAUAAUCGGUAUUUUUAGUUAUGCCAAACUGUUAACUGUUUCAGCAUAUUUUAUUAUUUCUUGUAUCAUGACAUCAAGCAAUAUUGAAGUCGAAAUUUAACGUAGAUUUCUUGUUCUGUGACGUUUUCGAAUGUUGGGUUUUCCCGCAGUAACUAAGGUGUAGGGGAAAUACGCACUUGUUAGAAUACUUAUAUUUGUAUGACGUUGGUACUCGCGUGUUUUUAAUAUGUUUUGCAGUCAAACCCGUGCGUCGCUGUCGUGUCAUUCCAGCGGUGUCUCGUCGUUUCGCCCAACAACAAGAAUGAGACAGAACGAAGAGAAUACCAGACCUAUGUGCUAUAAAAAGACAGUUUAAUAGGCAAACAUCAAAUGUAUACGUGAAUUAUGCUUAUAUUCUAUAUGUUAUAAAGCAGUUUAUUAUUUAGACCGUUAGGAAUCAUAGUUUUUAAUUUGUGUAACCAAAAUGUUUCUUUGCAUAAACGGUUAUAAUUUUAUUUAUGUAUCCAAAAUGUUUCUUUGCAUAAACGGUCUAUGUGCUCAAAUUUUCAUAAGACAAUAUAAAAAAUUGUCAAUUGUAUACGCAUACUUAUAUUCGAACUGUUAAUGUUAUUGUUUGUGUUUUCUUACUGUUUCUGCUUAACGAUUGUUAGUAGCAUAUAUGGC